CCUCACAUGAUUUCGUGUGUAGAAAGAGGACUUCAGACACGAUACACGUAAGUACGAAUUCGACAUGGCUGACGUGACGAUAGAACCAUCUCAAAAGUUUGAUACCAAGUUCACAGACUUGGAGUUGGAACAUCCCGUGGAUGGAGACAUCACGAUACCGGGAGCGUCCGAAGAUGACUCGGAACUAUCAACGCUGGAUGAGCCAGUGAGAUUUACUGUCAUGAGAGACUUACGAGCUGUUGGGGUGAAGUUGUUCCACGUCUUAUACCCGAAACAGAGCAGAGCUCUCCUGAAAGACUGGGAUCUGUGGGGGCCUUUGGUGCUGUGUACAUUGUUUGCAAUGUUGCUUCAAGAUUCCUCAAGUCCUACUCCGACAUCUGAUAAGGACGGCGACGGCACAAAAAUCAACGCCCAAUUCUCGGAGGUGUUUGCCCUCAUCUCAUUCGGCGCCAUCGUGGUGGCUCUGAACUCCAAGCUUCUCGGCGGGGUCAUCUCUUUCUUCCAGAGUGUCUGCGUGCUGGGUUACUGCAUCUUACCCUUGGUCAUCAGCCUCAUCGUCUGCAGGGUCACCAUGAUCGGCCAGGACAGGAUAUCAAGCCUGUUACUCAUUAUCCAUCUGGUCAUGGUCGUCUGCGCUUUCGUCUGGUCAACUUUGGCCUCCCUGGCAUUCUUGGCAGACAGCCAGCCGCAACACAGGAAGCUCCUGGCCGUCUAUCCCAUCUUUCUGUUCUACUUUGUGAUUGGCUGGAUGAUCAUCUCGCUCAGUGCUGGCCGAGUUGGCAAUCAGCCAGCGGCACACGACGUAAUAACGGCAGCAACCAAACAGCUCUAAAAGCUGUUGGAAGCGUACAUGGUGCACUUGUUUUAAGUUCAAAGUUCAACACUUAGUCUUGUUCCAAUACUGAUUUUUUUUUCUCUGUUAUACGGCUGGUCCCAAUCCCUGGCAAGCAUGGUUAAGCCACUAUGGCGUUAAGAGGGUGCCAGGGACAAGAUGAAUCAAAUCAAGUCUUGGGAACGUUGGCACCUUGACCUAAACAAUUCUGAGCAUACCUCACACACACACACACUGUAUUCAAGCUAAUGCAUGAGUAUGUGAGGUUUGCUAACAAUAUCUUGGGUCGUCCAAAUGUCAAAUUCCCAAGAUUGGAUUUAAUUCAGCUUGUUAAUGACUAUAGGUUUUCUCAGCCAAUUUCAGCAAAGAAAAGUUCAUUUUCGUCAACAUGCAUUCAGAUUCGUGCGGAUUUUUCGAUUUUGUUCAUACUGGGAUUUCUUGUUCCCUAUUAUCGUUAUUCAAUUUUGUUUUUGUGCAACCUCUUGAUCUGCGUCAACCUCUUUCUGAGGCCUCCGACGAAUAUCAAUAGCAAAACAAGUAUUUGAAUUUGAACGAACUUACAUCGAAAGACUGCUCAUAUAUUGAAAUCGAAAGACUCUUUGAUGUUUGAAUGCUCACAUCAGGGAGAAUUCAUUUUACAUCGAAUUUGAAUUGGCUUCGUGUUAAAAUUUAACCUGAAAUUGGCUGGGAAAACCUAUAUUAACCCUAACAGAACUCAACCCAUCAAACCACAACAGCAUGUUUUGUUGGAAUC